AUGUUGAAUUUUGCAUCGAGAGCGUCAUGCGUGGCAAGACGUCAAGCAAGCUUGCACCUUCUUAAAAAUCAGGGUCCUCGAUUGAUAGCUUCCACUACUCCCCUAUACCAUUGGUCUCUGGGGGCUCAGGCACUAAAGCCCUAUCAUUCUUCAUCCUUGAGAUUUUACUCUGCUGAAAAGUCAAAGAAUGUUUCCAAGCCUGCAACUCAGACACCUACUGAUGCUCCCGUCAAACCUAAGGAGACGCUUAUGGUAAAAGUGAAACAUGCUUUGAAGCAUUACGUUAAUGGCACAAAGCUUUUGGGUUAUGAGAUAAAGGUCUCCACGAAGCUUUUAAUCAAAUUUGCCCAAGGUUACGAAUUAUCUAGAAGGGAAAGAAACCAGUUGAGAAGAACAAUGGGCGAUGUAUUUAGGUUGAUUCCCUUUUCAGCGUUCCUUAUCAUCCCAUUUGCCGAAUUAUUUUUGCCCUUCGCAUUGAAACUCUUUCCCAAUUUACUACCCUCCACUUACGAGUCGGGGAAGGAUAAACAAGCCAAGAGAAACAAGCUGAUCGAGAUCAGAAAAAAGACCUCCGAAUUUCUGCACGAAACUUUGGAGGAAUCCAAUUUAAUCACUUACAAUACUAUCGAAAAUGCAGAGAAAAAGCAAAAAUUCUUGAACUUUUUCCAAAAACUUUACUCUGCAAAGGAAGGUAAGAUUAUGAGUUUCCAACAUGAUGAGAUAAGUGCCAUUGCUCAAAUGUUCAAAAAUGAUACCGUUUUGGAUAAUUUAUCAAGGCCACAAUUGGCAGCAAUGUCGAAAUUCAUGUCGUUAAGACCAUUUGGUAACGAUAACAUGCUUCGUUAUCAAAUUCGUUCCAAACUGAAAGAUAUAAUGAAUGACGACAAAACCAUCGAUUACGAAGGCGUUGGAAGUUUGUCGCAAGAAGAACUGUAUCAAGCUUGUGUAUCUCGUGGUAUGAAGGCGUAUGGUGUGUCCAAGGAAGAUUUGGUCGAUAAUCUGAAAGUUUGGCUGGAAUUGAGGUUGAGACAAAAAAUUCCAUCUGUCCUAAUGGUUUUGAGUUCCACAUUCACUUUUGGAGGGCUUCCAAAGGAAAACUAUUCAAAAGCUUUUUCGCCUCUGGCUGAAAAAAAGGAAACAAAAAGCAAAUAUGACGAUCUACUGGAUCUGUACUACGAUGGUAUAUUACAAGUGCUAAGUUCGAUUCCAGAUCCUGUUUACAACGUAGCAAAAUUAGAUGUAUCUGAAUCUAAAUCUUCCGCUGCAGAAACAGAAGCUGAAAAGCAAGCCGCUGAAAAGAAGGCAAAGGUGGAAGCAAAACCAGAGGAAUCCGCUAUACCGAAGGAGGAAGCUGUCGCAAAAGAUUCUACCAUAGCAGCCACUGCAUCUGUGGCUGCUCCUAAACUAGUCGUGGUUAAUGAAAAGCCAAAAACAGCAAAAAUAGAAACAAAACCUGAAGAAAAGGAGGACACCGCUACUGCCGAUUCUGCAGAAACCUCAGAAGCGGGUGAAAAGAAGACGUCUGAUGACAAUGAGUUCAAAUUAAACGUCCUGAAGGAACAGGAACAACUGAUUAAAAAGGAAGAAGAGGAAGCCAAACAAAGAGCUUCAAGGGAGCACGUUCCUGAUGAUAUCAAUCUAGAUGAAGAGGAAGAGGCUAAAACGGUACCACCUAUUCCAGCCGAUCAAGCUGCGAAAACAUCUGUCGUUAAGAAAGAUUAA